AUGUUGUAUGAGAUAGAAAGUAUCGUAAAAGACUUUGACAGUAUCUAUUCAUUCCUAAAGGACAAAAAAGUGUUGAGUUCCUCAACUCCAAUUUGCUCAAAAUGCCAUAGAGAGAUGACUCUUAUAAAACACAACCAGGAAAAAAUUUUUCGCUGCCCAACUCACAAAGGGGAAAAAGAGUCAAUUACAAAGAAAUCGUAUCUCGAAAAUAGCAGAUUGAAACUGCACGAUUUCAUUCAUGUUAUAUAUUGUUGGGGCAGUAACCUAACAAUAACAGGAGCAAUAGCAAUGACUGGAUUGUCAAAAUCUACCGUUAUUCAAUGGUAUCAAUACAUGCGAGAUAUCUGUAGCAACAAUCUAAUCAACAAUCCAUACCAAAUUGGUGGUGUCGGACACGUUGUUGAAGUAGAUGAAAGUCUGAUGUGUAAGAGAAAAUACAAUAGACGGAGAACGCCACAAGAGAGAUGGGUCUUUGGAGGUUACGACAGAGAAGACAAAAAAGGCUUCAUACUGUUCGUAGCUGACCGUUCCUCGGAAACUCUGCUACCCAUCAUCAAAAAAUUUAUUAGACCGGGCACAACAAUUCAUUCGGAUUGCUGGCCCGCCUAUAAUGGUAUUGCAGAAAUGGAUGUGACACCAAAAUACAUCCAUUUCACAGUAAACCAUUCCCAGAAUUUUGUGGAUCCCCUAACAGGUGUACACACAAAUUCUGUGGAAUGUUACUGGAAGAAUGCCAAAAGAAAAUUUAAAACGAUGAUGGGGGUACAUUCCACCAUGGUGGACUCGUACCUUGAUGAGUUUCUGUGGAAAACAGUAUGGGCAAACUGCAUACGAUUGCUUGAUGAAUAUUCUGAAACAUCUUUCAGAAUGGUAUAG